UAGUCGCGACACGAUUUUGUUGUCUUCCGCUUGCCUGUUCACAAUCCAAAAUUGAAUAGUUAGUAGGCAAACUGUUUUGUGUUCGGUGAACAUGUUUGUGUAAUAAAUUCGACUGGCUAACUUGCUCUAAAAUUGCUCAAUUCAAUGAGUCACAAUCUUACCUCUUACCUGUUUUCUUAAUUCAAUAACAAUAGCAAUAAGAACAUUUCGUAAUUGCUCGGGUCGCUCAAUUUGGAUGGUCGACUUUUGUGUUGUAUGGUUAGUGGUUAUAGUUUAGCCCCAGCCGCAUCGGUUCACCAUGUUGAAGAAACAGUUUAAGUGUCUUUACGUCAUAGGACGACGUCUCGUAAUACCAGUUCUGGCUGCUACUCUAAUAUUCCUAGUCGUACUAUCCUCUAUCACGGACCCUUCUAUUAUUUCGAAUGGAACUUUCGGCUUACGUAAAUUAAAAGCAAAAUUGUUUUCAACUGAGAAUCUUAUUGAGGACAUACUAUAUUCGAGCUUGCAGCCUCCGCCAGGACGCAGCAUUUUCUUUCAUGAGACCAGCUGCACUUCUCCAGAUUCGAUAUCCAACAUUAUGACUCUGACGGCUCGACAAGCCUGUUCCAUAGAAUCGGCAGCUCUGAAUAAUCCGAACUUCCAAAUUUUUACUGUAUUCUCGUGUCCGACCUUCCGUCCCCUCGCCGGUCGUCAAAAACUUUUCGUCGAUGCCAUCGAAAGCUAUGAGAACGUGAACUUACGUCACCUAAAUCUAAGGAACUAUGCUAUGAACACGUCUAUUGAAGAUUGGGUCAAAAGGGGCGAUUUGCUUACCUCUAGCUAUCCGAUGCAUCACACAUCUGACCUGAUCCGCCUGAUAAGUCUCUAUCGGUUUGGAGGCAUCUAUUUAGACAUGGAUAUUAUUGUCCUGACAAGCUUGGAGAAAUUGCCCCUGAACUAUGUGGGAGCUGAAUCUACCGAUACCCUAUGCAAUGCUGUCAUUGGUUUAACAGCCGAAGGAAUAGGUCAUGAAGUUGCUGACUUAUUUUUACAGCACUAUCAAAAAUAUUUCAAUGGAAAAAAUUAUGUACAAAAUGGACCAGCUCUUGUAACAGCCGUUCUGUUGAAAUUUUGUGGCACCAGCCUCAUGGAAGCCAUGGAAGGCGGUCGUAAGAGUUGCAAGGGAUUUCGAAUAUUCAAUUCGACUGCAUUCUAUUCAAUUCAUUGGCAAGAGUGGAGGCAUUUCACUGAGCCCAGGUACCUGGAGGAAACCAUGGCAAGAACUAAGGAUUCGUAUAUGAUACACAUGUGGAACAAGGUGUCCAGCGGAGAGCGCAUCAAAGUCGCUUCCAAUACUGCGUAUGUAAAGUAUGCGGAAAAGCACUGUCCAAGGACGUAUGCGGCAGCUGGUGAUUACUUUUAAUGUGUGUUAUUUAAAUGUGUUUCAAAUAAUUUAUUGCUAGAAUAAAUACGUUUCGUAUAUUUGUACAUGUA